ACUACGUUGCAUGACCUCAGUGUAUAUAUAUACUGUGACACUAAUUAGAAUUUCGACAGUUGCUUAGAAUUUUAUACACUAUAUACAUAGAAGUUAAGUUUUUAAAAGAUCAACAAAUUUGAUUGUGUGCAUUUGAUUGAUUCAAUACAUUUUAUAUAAUUUUUCAAUAUGCAGAAAUUUAUUCUUAUUAGAACUUAUAAAGAAGGAGAUGAAUCGGUUUGCAAAGAAUUACUUAAAGCUAGUGUAAUGUAUUCGCUAAAUCAUACAUAUAUUGGAUUUCUUUUGGGAGUAAAUGCUAUGCGUAUAAUAAAUAUAUUAUCUAUAGUGUUUAUGUUUGUACUUAUGCUUAGAGAAUAUCCUGUGGGUUAUUGUAGUAUAGUUUUGUUUGUACCACCAAUUAUAUUGUACAUUGGAUUAUACGCAAAAUUUUUGUACGAAGCUAGAAUUCUUGGAAAUGAAGUAUCUGAGAUUCCACGGAUUUUUACGCCCGAAAAUUCUUCCCGUUUUUGGAUAGCCGAAGCAUAUGAAGAUUUAUCAGCAAAUAAUCAGGAACAAGAUCAGCAAUAUGUAUUUAUGACAGAGGAAACAUUGAAUUAUUAUAAUGGUGAUGUUUCUAAACAUAAUAAAGAAAUUGUAGGUAUUAUGUCAGUUUGUAAAAGUAAUUGGGAUCCAAGAAUUGGUUGUCUAAAAUGUUUCUAUAUAAAGAAAAACUAUAGAAGAAAACGUAUAGGAACUCAACUUAUGAAUCACGCUAUGGAUUUUGCCGAAGAUCAACAAUUUGAAUGUGUUAAAACGAUUGUUUCUCAAUUUCAAAAACAUAUUAUAAAUUUUUAUAAUUCGAGAAAUUACGCUGUUACUGCUGUACGUGAUAAAACAUUUUUAGUAUCAAUUACGCUGUAUGAAUAUGUAUUUCGAACAAGGUAUUCCAGUUUAAAUAAUUAGAAAUUCGCGUAAUGUUCUAUGUAUGCCAAAAAAUUAAACUGUCCAUCUAAAUAUUCAAAUCAAAAUUAUUAAGAAUAUUUAUUUAUUUAUUUUUUGUAUGUUAUAACUCUUUGUGAAAUAUAUGAGCAGAGACAUUGUAAAAAAUCCGUAAUUCUCUUUUUUCAUCUUUAGAGACUAUUAGUAUUUUUCAAUUUCUUUAUUUCCCAAUGUUUACAUUUGAUCUGACUUAGGUCAAUAAUAUUUGAAAUAAUUUAUUAAUAGAAUAGCAUUUGACAUCCAGUAUUUAUUGCAUAGAAUCAUAUUGUACAAAAUGAUUCAAAGCUGCACAAUAUUAUUAUACAUGAGAGAAAUAAUAAAGAGAGGUUAAAUUUAUAA